AGGCAUCAAAGUGACAAGUGACAGGAAUUGGACUGCAAUUUACAAAAAUUUGUGAUUGAUAUUUCUUGUAAAACUGUUACUUGGAUUUUGUGGGAGAUUCUCCAUACGAUUGCAUAUUUUUCUCCAGAUUCCUGAUACUAUUCUAUAGGCUUGGAGGUGCGUAUCCCUCAAAACUAGGUGAAUACUUCAAAAAUACAAUUCGCCGACCAAUUAAUCGGUGCAGACGACAUUAUUUUAAUAGAGAUUUUUGAUUUUUUUACAUUCUACCCAUAAUUAUACAUCAAAUAUAGUGUCAAGAUUAUUUUAGAAUAAUUUAUUAUGUGCGAAUUUCACGAGGAUAAAGUGGUUGCAGACUGAUACUUUGACAUUGUUGGAAAAUAAAAAAUAGCUACUCACAUCGUAUGGAUUCAACGCGAAUUUGAUUUUAUUAAUCAAUAACAGCAUGACAUCUACAAAUUUUUGUGGUGCUUCUAUUGCAAGUGAAUUAUUAUUCAUCCUUAUGUGUAGCGAAUAAUAACUUUUUGAUUUAAUAAAUUCACAGAAUUCAACUUUAUAGACGUACGGUACCUUCAAAUCGUUCAUGAGAAUUUCCAAAACUAUGAUCCACUGCGGUGAUUAGAAAUAUCGACUUGUAAAGAAUGAAAUACAGUUAUUUCAAAUUCAAGUUGAAUUUAUAAUUGGAACGGAACUGGUGAAACGAUAAGUUAAAUUUAGUCAUUGAAACUUCAAGUAAAAAAUCAUCAGUUCUCUGUGAUCUUUUAAAUUAUAGAGAAAUCUUUUAUAUUAUAUUGAAGAAAUUUUUGAUUCAUUAUAAUGAGGAGAGUAGACAUGGAUGAGCGCUUGGAAAUGCAGCACCUGGUGGAAGAGGAUGACAGCAAAGAAGACAGUGAUGCCACAGACCAUCCUUUAUCAGUGAAGUGGAAACCAAAGUCCUGUUCCUAUUUAGGUAUUUUAUUGGCAACUAUAUCUUCGCUAUUCUUUUCUUUGGCAUCAGUUAUUGUCAAAUGGAUGGUCAACGUACAUCCCAUGGAACUAGCUGCUUGCAGAUUUGUUGGUGUUCUCCUACCAGCAAUACCCAUUGUUAUCUGGAGAAACGAGUGUCCAUUUCCCAAAGGAAAACGUCUGAUGCUACUCCUGAGAUCAUUGGUUGGUACAACUGGAUUGAUGCUGAGUUUUUAUGCUUUCCGCCAUAUGCCAUUAGCUGAUGCGUCAGUAGUCGUUUUCAGUGUUCCAGUUUUUGUUGCUAUUUUUGCUCGAAUCUUCCUGAAAGAACCAUGUGGUCUUUUUAAUGCUUUAACCAUUUGCUUAACAUUGAUAGGUAUGAUUCUAAUCACAAGACCACCUUUCAUUUUCGGUAACAGUGUGCCAGCUCUUGCUACUAAUCAGCAGGUAGCCAAUACCGAUGUCUGGGGGGCUGUGGCUGCAUUUUCAGCUACUUUAUUUGGUGCAAAUGCCUAUGUUCUUCUCAGGGCGUUGAAAGGUCUCCAUUUUUCUGUAAUAAUGACAAACUUUGGUGCCUUUGCAUUGAUUCAAACGUUCAGUGUUACCUGGGGAUUAGGAGCUCUCUGUUGGCCUCAAUGUGGCGUGGAACGACUCCUAGUUGUUGCAUUAGCCCUUUUUAGUUUUGGCGGCCAGAUAUUGUUGACAUUGUCACUGCAGUUGGAGCAGGCUGGCCCUGUGGCUAUUGCGCGCUCAGCUGACAUAGUUUUUGCAUUUCUCUGGCAAGUGAUAUUUUUCAAAGAAACUCCCAAUCGAUACAGCAUUCUAGGCGCAUUUCUAGUCACCAGCUCUGUUAUUUUGAAUGGCUUGAAAAAGUGGAUUCAAGCUCUGCCUGAAACGUCACCCGUGAGGAAAUUUUUGUCAACUGUGAUGUGCAAGUUGCUUUCAGUCUUAGAGAUAUCGUUCUCCACCAGACAUGCCUUAUGAAGAAAGAAAUUAUCUGAAGAGUGUAAAGUUUCUUCAGCUGAAGUUUGUUAUUGAUAAAACAAGUCUCAACCGGACAAUAUACAAGCACAGGUCUAAAACAAUAUAACGCCUCUAUUAUAUAAAAAAAUCUCAGAACUAACAUGUAGUAAGAUACUGAUUAUAUAUUUUUUAGUAUAAAUGAAAUUUAUACUAUAAAUAUUUUGUUCUUGAUUUUAAGGUUUAUGAUAAAUUCAUGUUCACUAACUCCCUUUCAUCAAUCACAAUCAGGCCAAAUUGUUCCACUUUUAGAGAAUAAAUAGUCUCACAUACGGUAGUAUUUUAGUUGAGAAAAAUCGCCAAAAAAAGUGAUAAUUUUAAUUCACAUUGAUUUACAAGGCUAACUGCGUAAAAAUAAUUUGCCUCUAUAUAACUGCAAUAAUAACGUUUAAAACUUUUGCGCUAUAAAAUGAUUAUCGCACUUGAAAGAUAAGCUUUUAGACGUUGCAGGAGAAUAUUAUUGUAUUAUUUGAAGAUUAUACUCAUUUUGUUAAUCAUGGAAUUUUUUAAAUUCAGCCAACCCACUGUUAAUACUUUCUUGCCGCUCGGUUUCAUGGAGUUUUUAAAAGUGAUUAAACAAUGUUUUUAAUCUAGAUCAAUGAAAGAACUUUGUAAGUACAAUAAUUACCUCUCAAAUUCUUCAAGCUCUUGCAAACCCUGAUUAGAUAAGAGAAACAGCUUCAAAUAGUUAUAAUGAUGCUCAUAUUAGUACCAGACAUGUUCAUUUAACAAUCAUGCCCUAUCACCAAUAAUAAAUUACUACACAAGCACAAAUUAUGAGAGUGAUAAAAAUAAUCAAGUCGGUAGCUUUGGGGAUAUUUUCAUAAAUCACUACAAUGAAAAUUAUAUUGUUUAUUCAAUACAGUUCCAAGUCUGAGACAACUGCAUUACCCUCAGACACACUGUACUAUGGAAUAAUAAAUAAUCGCCAUUGCCAUACGAUAAGAAUAAUUAUAGUUCAGGGUUCAAAGAUACCUUAACUAAAUUCUCCUUUCCUUCCACAUGAUAUUAUACAAUCAAGCUUUACAAAAUGUAAGAGAUCUUUUGUGCCAGUCUUAGAAAAUCUAAAUUUCAUACAUUCGCUUGGCUUUGGCUUCAAUCGUUUGAUGACAUUUCUCUCAAAGCAGAUAACAACACGAUGACAUCAUUAAUAAUUAGUUAACAGUUAAUCGUGGUUAAAUUUGAGGGCCACUAUUUUUUUCAAAUGAGCUUUUGAAGACCCACCAAUAAUGAAUAAUGCUCUGUCUAAGCUGCUGCUUGUGAAAAGAUGAAAUAAUAAUUAUGAGGCGAUUGAAGAGAGGUUGGCAAAGUUAUCAACCUGCAGAGGGCAUGAAUGUUAGUAAAUUAAUAUUGCUACUAAUUAAUCUAUUGGACAUGAUAAAUAUUGUGUACCGUUACAGUUAAUCUUACUCAAUAGAUUUAUUCUUUAUCAACUGUUUUGCCUGACUGACUUCGCCUUGUUUUAGAAACAGUUAAUCAACUACUGGAAAGUUCUGAAAACAUAUGAUUACUGAACAAAAUAUUGAGAUUCAAAUGCUCCAAUAAAGCAAUGCCGGUAUUUCGACCCAUUCCUUUGAAUGAGCCUGAUUAUUUCAAGUGACGUUUUGAACGUCUUUGUGAAUUUAAAUCAAUUCAUAUGCAUAUUGCAUGUAUUUCAUGAUAUUUCAUCUAGGUACCUUACACGAAAGAGGGUUCCAUUGUAGUUGUUCUGACCGUAAAUUUAAUGCAUAAAUAUAUGCAAAAAUGUCUGUCGCCACAUCAUCCUCAUCUGCUUGGAUGGCUUCAUAUUCAAUACUAACAGUUGAUGAUGAAUCUAUUGAGUUUGAGAAAAAUCUUCCCUCACCAAUCAAAACAUGAAAGAAACAUCAAGAAUUCACGUUCUUUAUAAUAAUUUUCAUGUUGUUUUAGUUAUCAGGAGAAGUUGAAUUAUAUGUUUUUUCAUUGAUACCAGUGAACAUCCUCAGCAGGAGACACUAUUUUGAUUCAUCCCAAUCUUCACCCUGCUUUCGUGCAUGAUGCUCAAUCUUUAAUUCUCCAUUACCUAUUCAUGCUAGUCCUAAUUUUUAUUCUGGUCAAAUUCAUUCAAGAAAGAUGCUAUUUUUCUCAUAAAAUCCUCAGCAUCGUUCUGAAAAUAUAUAAAUUGAUAAUUUCUUGAAUAUUUAAUGAUUAAGAAAUAACUUUGGCUUAAUUUAUUUAUCAUACUGUUAAAGGUUUAGCCUAUUUAGUUUUAGAAAUAUUUCUUGAGUCUUACCCUUUACCAUAUGGUUUCCAGAGCUUUCAAAUAGUCCAGGUAGCAAAUAUUUCUGGUCAUAAGACAGUAUUUUUAAAUUAUCAAGUUUAUUAUGUAUUGGAAAAGUUCUAUUUCAAUUUUUUUACAAUUUUUAACAUAUUUUUUUAAAUAUACAUGAGAGUGUCUGGAAUAACAGAGUUGAGGUUCAGCUACAAGUUUAUUAUUUUUAUUUUACUAGAACAAAUUUAAGAUCAAUAUAUGAUUAUAGAGCGGAUCAAAUCAAUAACGUUUUAUCCACAGUUUUGUAAUAAUUGUUUCUAAUAUUAAUGAGUAAAUUUUGUGUGAUUGAACUUAUGAGUUAUUAAGUGAAGAUUAAUUUAUAAGUUUAUAUCCAUUUCACGAAAGUUCACAGUUGAGAAGCCUGACCCCGACAAUAACUUUACAGUCAUAAAAAUUAAAUUUAAUUACUGUAUUUGAAAACUGAAUACUAAAUACUUACUUAAAAUAUCCAGCUAUGAAACCAAAGAAAUUUAUUAAACUACCUUUUAUAACUUAUAUUUUUAAAAUUCCUUCAUAGUGAAACAUAUUUCAAAAGUACUUAUUUUUACGAAAUAGUGAGAUUAUUGGUUUUAGAAUUUAUGCUAUAAGCUUUUUUUAUAUUGUAAUCUACUUCCAUCACACCAAUUUCUCUGAAUUUAUUGUAAGUUAUGAUACUUUUUGUAGGUUUUUUAUUGAAUCAAUAACCUUUUUGUUAUGUGUUUGAUGGUUCCUCAGCA